AGUUUAUAAUUAACCCCACAUCUGAGCAAAACACCUGAGGGAAGAGUAAGGGACCUGGUGGCAGCUGAGUGCAGUGUCUCACGGAGUGAGACAGGCAGGAUGGCAACUACAGCAAGUACAACAACAAAAGAUCCAUUCAGAGAUGACACUAUCCCUAUCAACAAUGCAGCAGACAUCUCUGUGAUUGUGGUGUAUUUUGUGGUUGUCCUGGCUGUGGGAAUAUGGGCUAUGGUACGGACAAGCCGUGGUACAGUUGGGGGCUUCUUCCUGGCAGGACGCAGUAUGGUGUGGUGGCCGAUUGGCGCAUCACUUUUUGCCAGUAACAUUGGAAGUGGGCACUUUGUUGGACUGGCAGGAACUGCAGCUGCUGGCGGGAUUGUAAUCGGAGGCUUUGAAUGGAAUGCGCUGGUCAUUGUCAUUUUUCUUGGAUGGGUCUUUGUGCCUAUUUACAUAAAAGCUGGGGUGGUGACCAUGCCAGAAUACUUAAGGAAACGCUUUGGAGGGGAUCGAAUACGGAUUUACCUUUCUGUUCUUUCUCUACUGCUCUACGUGUUCACCAAGAUCUCUGCGGACAUGUUCUCAGGGGCCAUUUUUAUCCAGCAAGCCAUGAGGAUCAAUAUCUACUUAGCCAUUGUGAUGCUACUGCUAAUCACAGCUGUGUACACAGUCACAGGUGGUCUGGCGGCUGUCAUUUACACGGAUACACUACAGACAAUCAUCAUGCUUGUAGGCUCUUUCAUCCUCAUGGGCUUUGCAUUCAGCGAAGUUGGUGGAUAUGAACAAUUUAUGAUUAAAUAUAUGAACUCCACUCCAGCAAUAAAAACAGAUAACGGCUCAGCAGUUCCAAGUGCAUGCUACACUCCGAGAGAAGACUCUUUCCACAUUUUCCGAGACCCCAUCAAUGGAGACAUGCCAUGGCCAGGUCUUAUUUUUGGUCUGACCAUCUUGGCUAUGUGGUACUGGUGUACAGAUCAGGUAAUAGUUCAGCGAUGUCUUUCUGCCAAGAACAUGUCACAUGUGAAGGCUGGCUGCAUCCUAUGUGGAUAUCUUAAACUGCUGCCCAUGUUUUUGAUGGUGUUUCCGGGAAUGAUCAGCCGCAUUCUGUACCCAGAUCAAAUAGCUUGUGUGGAUCGUAAGGAAUGUAAAAAAUACUGUGACACAGAGGUUGGAUGUACCAAUAUCGCUUACCCAACAAUGGUGAUUAAAUUGAUGCCAGAUGGUCUUCGAGGCUUGAUGUUGUCUGUAAUGUUGGCAUCUCUCAUGAGCUCCCUAACGUCCAUCUUCAAUAGUGCCAGUACUCUCUUUACUAUGGACAUUUACACCAAGAUCCGGAAGAAGGCAUCAGAGAAGGAGCUGAUGAUAGCAGGGAGGAUCUUCAUUGUGUUCCUAAUUGGAGUGAGCAUAGCCUGGGUCCCCAUCCUGCAGUCUGCACAGAGUGGACAGUUGUUUGAUUACAUUCAGUCCAUCACUAGUUACUUGGGACCACCCAUUGCAGCGGUCUUCUUUCUGGGUAUCUUUGUUAAGAGAGUAAAUGAGCAGGGAGCUUUCUGGGGAUUAAUUAUUGGACUUUUCAUUGGCCUGUCACGGAUGAUCACAGAAUUUGCUUAUGGCACUGGAAGCUGUGUGCAGCCCAGCAACUGCCCAAAGAUAAUCUGCGGGGUGCACUAUCUGUAUUUCGCUAUUAUUCUGUUUGGUGCAUCAUCAAUUAUCAUCUUGUCAGUGUCAUUCAUGACCAAGCCAAUCCCAGACAAACAUCUUCACCGCUUGUGCUGGACUUUGAGGAACAGCAAAGAGGAGAGAGAGGACCUAGAUGCAAAUGACUGGGUUAAUGAAGACUUCGAGGAUGACUAUGAAGAAGAAAAAAAAGAGCCUAAUUGCUGGAAGAAGUCAUACAACUGGUUCUGUGGUUUCGAUGACAAGAAAGCUCCCAAACUAAGUGAGGAGGAGCAGGCAGCCAUGGAUGCAAAGAUGACCGACACCUCAGAAGUUCCUCUCUGGAGGAACGUGGUCAAUAUUAAUGGUAUCAUCCUGCUGACUGUGGCUGUGUUCUGCCACGCCUACUUUGCAUAGAUGUUAUGCUGUACUAACAGACUUUGUUUCAUCUAUCCACCUCCAUAUCAGAUCAAGGAUGAAAGGUAGACAGAGGUUUAUGAUGUAACAUUGUUUUCUUCAUGUGGGAAGUGAUUUACAGGAAAAUCUUGAUUUUGGAUAGCACAUUUGGCCAUGCAGCCCCGGCAAGCAGUACACAUCCCACAUGUAUGCGCGGAGCGGGUAAUGAACCACCUUCACCCAUUACUGACUGGUCAGAUACGGCUGGUGCACAGUGAAUUGUCAUUAGUAACUGGAAUCCAUUGCUGUAAGAAAGACCUAGCAAAGCCAGUGGAUAUUGUGAGCACUGAAAUAUUUGUACAGUAGCUGGGAUUAAUUUAUGUACAAUUAUUUCCCCUAUAUUCUGCAUACUGUAGGAAAUCUAUUGUAUUUUAAUAAAGAAAUGAAAAUGA